AUGCCAAGAUCGAGGGCAUCAAGUCCAUGUCUCCAUUUCGAAGGAGAAGAGGAGGACAGGGAAGUGGACAAUGACACGCCUGAGGUAGUCAUCAACGCUGCGACACAAAUCCGCGGGCACGGAAACAUCAUAUCCAUUGCGCAAAUGGACAGUGUACGGAUAGCCAACCUCAUCACAAGCUUGCUCAACUGCGGAGAUAACAUCCCAGUAGACGACGCCACACGACCUCUUACACCUCCAAGCCCAGUGCCAGUAGGAACGGCGCAGGCGCAGCGGACAACGAGAACCCAAGUCAGGGGGGUGCACAAGUAUCCUAACAUCAACAUCACGGUCAAUUGCGGUGCGACGGUACUAGGAGACCGGAACAUUGUAGGGCCAGGACUGGGCGACAUUGCAAGACAGAUGCAGAUGGCGCAGCGAAACCAGGCGGCGGCGCUACAGGCUCAUCAACAACUGCAACAAAGACAAGCAGCAGCGGCAGCGGGAGUGGCGGCCGCGGCAGCAGCAGUUGCUGCUGAAGAGCAAAAGAUGCCAUCACCGCCAAUGCAGCGAGGCGGUACAAUCCACCUCACGGAAAGCGGCCACGUAUUCACUAGCGGCCACUCGUUUCGAGGCAUUGUACACCACACUCAGCCCAUCAUGGAGACAUGGAUGAGCUGGGCCAUGUUCCUGGCCAUUGGCGCUGCCGCAUACUGGUACUAUGCACACCAAAACAACGAUGGCGUUGCGCGAGGACGGUCGACAACGGGCAAGUCCACCACCAACUCGUUAAAGGAGGCAGUCAACUGGGACUCUGAGACCAAGCCCAAGCAGAAGCAGUCCAAGGCCAAGGCUCCCCGCAAGUCGGUCAAGACGCCUGCUCAGGACGCUAGCAGCAAGGCGGCCGCUCCCAAGGCUGCUCCUGUGGAUGUCGCUCCACCUGCUGCCCCCAUCAACAAGGCACCCAGUGGUAAGGACGUCUCUGAUAUGCUGGGCGAGCGCUCUGUCUCUCCCUCUGUAGUGAGCAUCAAGCCUUCCGAAAAGCCCGCCAAGCCCGUCAAGGCUCAGACACAAAAGGCCGAGGUUGUGCAGGAGACCAAGAAGCAGCGCCAGAACAGGAAGAAGGCUGAGGAGGCCAAGGCUGCGCGCGAGGAGGAGGAGAAGCAGCGCAAGGCUCUUGAGGAGAAGCAGCGCCGUACUGCCCGUGAGGCUCGCGGUGAGCCCGCCAAGAAUGGUCAGCAGAGCAAGCCUCCUGCGUCGAACCCCUGGACUGAGGUUCCAUCUCGUGGUGCGGUUCAACCUCCCAAGUCAGCCCCUACUGGUCAGCUUCUCGACACUUUCGAGGCUCCUGCUCCCGCUGCCGCUGCCGCUGCUCCUGCCCCUACAAACGGCAAGAACACUACUUCUGCCCCUUACAACAACUUGCCUUCUGAGGAAGAGCAGCUCAGGCUUGCCAUGGAAGACUCUGCCUGGACCACUGUUCCCAAGGGAGGCAAGACUAAGCGCAAGACCGUCAACGAGGAACUUGCCGAGGAGCGUGAUGACAUCAACACUAUCAAGGCAUCCCAGCCGGCAAAGCCAGUCCGACCAACGGAGACGCUUAGGGAGAGCAAGAACCCUAGCUCACGUUACCAGAUUCUUGCCGAGGAAUUUAACCCCAAGACUGGCGAUGAGAUUGACGACUGGGCCGUCAUGUGA